GAGGACAAAAUCCCAUAGAAAAAUAGUGUUAAAAUAGAAAGAGAGAUAGGUUGGAAACAGUGUCAACUCAAAGCUGCAGAAUUCGGAUGAGUGGAACUCGGUAUUUGACUCAGUGAGUGAGUUAUGAAUCAACUGCUACUAAAAGUAAAAGUUGAGAUUGCGGUUGAGAAACCGUUGCAACACUUCAAAAUCCUUUAGAUUGCAGCCACAAUUGCAGCUGUGGAUCGUAAUUUAAAGCCAUUUAUAUGUUUAAUAACUAUGUUAAUGCUAGAUUGAGAUAAAGUGAACGACAUAAUGGGUGUCCCAGGGAAGUGGAUUAGAGCAUUGGUUGGUCUAAAGAAAUCAGAAAAGUCUGAGUCCUCGGAGAAGGAUGGAAAUAAGGCUAGCAAGUUUCGCCAUCGGAGAAAGCACUCAAUCGAAAUUGACAGUAGCAAACUUCAAAAUGAGUUUGAUCAUGAUGAUGGUGCUGCACCUAUUGGAGAUGCAGAUCAUGCAAAUCCCCAAUCAAACCUUGAUGCACAUUAUUCUCCGUCUACUUCACAACAAGUACAAAAUGCUGCACAUAAUCCUCAAAUCUCGAGAGAAGAAUGGGCUGCAAUAUGCAUUCAAACAGCAUUUCGAGGAUUUCUCGCCAGAAGAGCACUACGAGCUUUGAAAGGAUUGGUACGGCUUCAGGCCCUUGUAAGAGGUCAUGCAGUAAGAAAACAAGCUGCAAUAACUCUCCGUUGUAUGCAAGCUUUGGUGAGGGUUCAGGCUCGUGUUCGGGCACGGCGUGUUCGCUUGUCGUUGGAAACUCAAACAGAACAACAAAAACUUCAGCAACAGCUUGUAAAUGAAGCUCAUGUUCGAGAAAUUGAAGAAGGUUGGUGUGACAGUGUGGGUUCUGUUGAAGAAAUUCAAGCCAAAAUAUUAAAGAGGCAGGAGGCUGCAGCAAAACGUGAGAGAGCCAUGGCAUAUGCUCUAGCGAAUCAGUGGCAGGCAGGCUCAAGGCAGCAGGCUGUUUCUUCUGGCUUUGAACCCGAUAAAAGUAGUUGGGGUUGGAAUUGGUUGGAAAGAUGGAUGGCUGUACGUCCUUGGGAGAAUCGUUUUCUUGACAUUAAUAUGAAGGACGGAGUAAAGGUAGACGAAAAUGAUGUCAUGGAUGGUAGGAACGGCGUCAGACCUCAGUUCAGGUCUACCACUGUGAAAUCAGUUCUGCCAAAUAUUCAUCCAAUCGUUGCAAGUCACAAAUCCGGUCCUUCCUUCUCUGAUGGCUGUGAUUCUUCUUCCCCUAGCAAGUCAGCAGGUUUGAUUGAGACAUCGAACACACAAUCUGUUAAACCAAAAUCUGAUGCAAAUGUUCAAAAUCCCGUUGAAGAAACCAACUCAAAGUCUAGAAAUCAAAGAUCUCAAAGUAAUCCUAAGGAGAGAAAUUCGCAGGCAGAUAAACAGGCAAAAAAGCGAUUAUCUCUUCCUAACAACGCAGGGGUUGGUUCCGCAGCUCAAACGGCCAAAUAUCCUACUAGAACUAAUGUGAAAGGGACGCGAAGCAUGCAAAAGCCUACAAGGGAUAAACCUAAGCUCAAUGAAGGAGGGGAUGGGAAUCUUACUAAAUCUGUUCCACAACCUGAAGUUGGGUAACUUUUAAGUAUUGAGAAACUACUUCAUUCUCCAUUGAGGUCCUCAUGUGAAAUUUGUCUGUAACAUAUGUAAUGCAUGAGGCAAAGAGUUGAGGCGUUGCAACCGGAAUGUACAUGUUCCCUUCAUCCACCAAGACGCUGAUGUGGUUUGAUUGUUGAGAUUGGCUUGGGUUUUCAUGAUCAUGUGAUUUGUCAGGUGGUUACAUACAUCUGUUGUAAUUAUGCAUAUUUGUUGUUGUGAGUUAUGUGAUAAUGCGGUAUAUUUAUGUUAAAAUGUACUACUUUUAGAGUGCCAUUGCCUUCCAUUACAUUGCUAUUGUCAAGUUGAAAGGUAUUUUCUUA